AAUUUAUUUCUGUUCUUUAAAAUCGAUUUGUCUUAUCGACUUGUAUUUAUACCAAAGGAUGUCCUGCACUGUUUUCUAGUUUUGACAUUGACGUUUAAUAUGUCAAAUGUGUUUUCAAAAUCAAACGAGUGAAACAAAAGAAGAUACGAAUACAAACGGUUGAAUUUAGGGUAAAUUCACAAAACUUUUUAAUACGACAAUACGCUAAAGAACCUCGUAUGUUUAAGUUUUAAAAUAAUUCAAAGUACAGUUACUUAGAGGCAGUGAGACAUUUACAAAUUCUAAACUUUUCAAGAUGACAAGUAAACAUAAUACGGAGACUUUAGAUGCACUGAAGCGCGAAAUAAAAACUCUACAAAAUGAUUGUCUCAACGUUUGUAAUAUAAUAGAAAACGCGCCUCCAGAAACGCCUUCUACAAAUCAAGAUGAAAUAUCACAUAAAUGCUUAUCCUACAUACAAGCACUUAAAACGGAAAUUGAAAAUCCAAACACGAUUAUCACUACAGAUGAGAAUUUACUAACCAGUCAGUUUCUAAAUGAAAUAAAAGAGAAAACAGGUCAGAUAGAAGAAUUAACAGCUUUCACGAAAGGUUCUAUUCGUGAUGUAGAUGAAGAAAUUAUGAGGUUAAAAAAUCAAAUCACUAUUGCACAAGAAGCCAUGUCAAAACCAAUACAAAAGUAUGGACAAGUAUCAUCAGAACAUGUAAAGAAUGCUAAAGAAAAGUUUUCACAAUUAAAGAGUGAAUUGCAUGGCUUAAUUUACUCCAUGUUUCCGAAUACCAGUGCUCUUAUUAUUGAGUUUAUGGGGCAAUUAAUGGCAGAAAGAUUAAAUCCAGCUUCCAGUGGAUACAUUCAAAUAACUGCGGAGAAUUAUCAAAUUGCUGAAUUAUUGAAAGACACUAAUAUAAUAUCAACAAACCCGUACAAUAAAAUGGAAGUGAAACUUGCAUAUUAAAGUUCAUACCUAUUAAAUAAAUAUAACAUAAUGUACCUACCUAGCGAAAUAAAUUAUUCUUAUUUUAUAUAAUUGUAUAAAUAUUUUUAUGAAGUUUUUAUGAAAUAAAAAAUUGUGAAUGAAAACUCUCAUCUUUUUUUUACCAAACAACUGGUACUCCCUAAGAAACAAACUGUAUUGCAAGAUUUACUUUAUGUCUGUUUUAAUAAUGAAAAAUUAAUUGAUCGGUCUCACAGAUGUACCUAAUUUAGGGGAUAUUUAAAACUGAUUCCACAUUGGUAAUAGCAUGUCACUGGGGCUAAAUAAAGCUCAAGGUAGCUCAUUUGAUAAUAGUGGUGGUAGGCAUGGUGGCGUGUGGCAAAUGCGUAUCAUGUAUUCAGGACUUAAAGAGAGAGACUGAUUACAAAUAGAUUUUAGCCUGCGACCUCAAG